AUGGCUCAUCGCUUUUCACAACAAAAAAAGAUUUCCGACAUUUUAAUCGAUAAAAAUGAAUUUCCUACCCUUUCCGAAGUUUCAAAAAAGGACAAAACCAAAGAUUCUUUGCAAUCCUUGCAAUGUGAUAAAACAUUGCUUUCCUAUUCAUUCAACAGAUUAAAGGUCUCUCAACCUGCUGAAAAUGUACCAAGAAGAUUUUCAAUAGGCAAAAAAACUUUUUCUGAAUUUAUACCAGGUGUGCCUGUAGUGAUUGACACUAAUGAAAAUACCUCGUCUGAAAAUACAUGCUGGGCUGUGAAAUGUGAGGAAAAAGACUCAACUGAGGAUGUUUUAAAAGACUUUUCUCAAGUAAACGAAAAGAGUCGAGCAGUCCCUAAUGCAUGGUCACGUAUAGCUAGUAGUGCUGAUCAAAACCCCAAACAUCAACAACAUCUUCCAAAUGAACAUGCUUUCAAACACAAUAAAAAAGUUCCUACCAAUUGCAAAGGUAAAAAUUCAUCCCUUGCAUGUGAAAAAACGCCUAAAGGGAAUGUAUCAGUAGAAUAUGGCGAUAGUAAUGCAUGGUCACAUGUAGUUAGUAGUGCUCCCCAAAACCCUAAACGGCAGCAACACCAUCCAAAUGAGAAUACUCUGAAAUCUAAUAAAAAACUUCCUAUAAAUUACAAGGAUAAAAAUCCCUCCCCUUCAUCUAAAGAAAUGUCUAAGGAGAAUGUGUCAGUAGAUUAUGGCGAUAGUAAUGCGUGGUCACAUGUAGUUAGUAGUGCUCCCCAAAAACCUAAACAGCAGCAACAGCUUCCAAAUGAGAAAAGUUUCAAAUCUAAUAAAAAAAUUCCCGUAAAUUACAAGGAUCAAAAUCCCUCCCCUGCAUGUAAAGAAAUGUCUAAAGAGAAUGUUUCCGUGGAAUAUGGUGAUAGUAAUGCAUGGUCACAUGUUGUUAGUAGUUCUCCCCAAAAUGCUAAACGGCAGCAAUACCUUCCAAAUGAGAAAAGUUUCAAAUCUAAUAAAAAACUUCCCAUAAAUUACAAGGAUCAAAAUCCCUCCCCUGCAUGUAAAGAAAUGUCUAAAGAGAAUGUUUCCGUGGAAUAUGGUGAUAAUAAUGCAUGGUCACGUGUAGUUAGUAGUUCUCGGAGAAACCCAGAAUCUCAGCAACACCUUCCAACUGAAAAUUCUUUCAAAUGUAAUAAAAUAGUUUCCACAAAUUGCAAGGGUGACAAUCACUCUCUUGCGAGUAAAGAAAUGCCUAAAAAGGGUGAAUCAAUAGAAACUGAUGCAGAAGGAGAAGUGAAAAAGAAAAGGAAAAGAAAAAGCAAAAUAAAAAGACAGGCAGCAAUGAGAAGUGGGAAAAUAUCUCUGGUAACCCCUGAGAUUCAUUUCAAAAUUACAAACCAGACAAAGUACUCUAAUAAUUCAGUUUCAAAUGAUAUAUCCACUAAUAUACAUGAUUCAGAAGAGUAUCCUGAAUUGGGGAAAGUGGUGGACCUGAAAAAAACCAAGCCAAAGAAGAAAAGCAUUCAUUUCGAAAGAGAGAGUUUGAAGUUCAUCACCUCAGAGCAUGAACUAUCAGAAACUUAUGAGCAACUUGAAGAAUCUGCUGAUGAUACUGAAAAUGCACAAGGUCUGCAAGAAACUUCAUUGAAAGGGGCAAUAUCACUUGAGGCUCCCAAAGAAGCAAAAAAGGAUCAAAAAUCUGUUGUACAUCCUAAUGAUCCAAUUACAAUAUCAUUUUUUGAUAUGCUGGCAGCAUCAAAGCCUAAGGUGAAGGAAAAUCAAGAAAAAAGAGGGCCUGUUGUUCCUACAUCAUCUUCUAAAGCUUCUUCUAAAAUGGUUCACUCUCGGCCACAUAAUUUAUUGGAUUCUAAACCUGUUGUAAAGAGGGGAAAAGAGCGAGAGGUUCCAAAAGCAAAAAGGCCCUCCCAUAUGAAAAAGAUAAUUUUGAUGGACAGAAAAACUCGAAGGGAACAACGGAUUCAACUGAAAAAUAGUUUGAAUGAAAGUAAGCAGGCUUUGCCCCUUUUUACCCCAGAAAACAAUGCAAGUGAAGUAAACAAUAAUAUGCCUGGGGACAGUGAAUCAACUGAUAUAGUAAACUCAGUGAACCCGCUAUUAGAAGAAAAUAUAAUUGACAAACUACCUACAAUUCAUUUAGAAAAUAGUACAAAUGAAGUUAACUGUGGAGCUGGAGAAGCUGUCACACUUACACAUGAAGAUAGUUCUAGUAUAUUCAACAGCGAAGAUGAAUAUGAUUACUACGUUAAUUCAAACGAAGAUCCAGAACAAAGCGAUUGGGUUGGUCCUUCAACUGAUCACAAUGAAACUGAAAAGCAAAUGAAAGCUAGGAGGUUGCAAGUUGCGGAUUCUAUCACUCUCAAACAUAUUCAAAUGCUGAAUUCUAUGUUCGGUUUUACCAUGUUAGUUAAAAAUGCAGAUUUAAGUGAAAAUAGUUACUGCACUGACGAGGAAAGGUUAAAAGCCUCCAAGAUUUUGAUACAUACUCGCAACUUUAGAGAGUACUGCAAUCACCUCCCCAGUCAAGAAAUUGACGACGCUGUGAGCGCCCUGCUGUCUGAUCUUGUCCGCUUUCAGGACAGAAUGCACCAAAAGGACCCGGUGAAAGCUCGUAUGAAACGUCGCCUUACCUGUGGUAUAAAGGAAGUGAAAAAGCAUCUGAAGUUAAGGAAAGUUAAAUGUGUUAUUCUAGCUACUGACGUUGAAAACGUCCAAACUGAAGGUGGUCUAAAUGAUGUUCUCUGUGAUCUAAAACAAGCAGCUGCUGAUCAUCAAAUCCCAUGUAUUUUUGCCCUUCGAAAAAAGAUGUUGGGAAGAUUGUGCCAUAAGCCAGUUGGAGUCAGUUGUAUUGGGGUUUUCAAUUAUGAAGGCUCAGAGGUAAAUUUCAAGAAGAUGAUUGAGUUACUAAAUCAAAGCAAAGAAGAUUACGAACAAAUUCUCAAAGGUGUUAGGCUUAAACUAUCUGAUGAGGACAUCAAACAACUGAUACGAGCUCGCCUAUUGGCUCCCGAGAGCUUAAUGGAAAUUCGUACAGACAUACUGAGAAAGACUCUUUUAGAAAAUCCUAAAAUUGAAGAUAUGCCUAAUGUGGAAGUUGUUGAAAGUUAA